AGGCGAGGCGCGCCCCUGACGGCGGUUGAAAAAUGGCCACUGUCGCCGAGCUGAAGGCUGUUUUAAAGGACACGUUGGAGAAAAGGGGAGUAUUAGGGCAUUUAAAAGCAAGGAUCCGAGCUGAAGUUUUCAAUGCCCUAGAUGAUGAAAGCGAACCCCGACCAUCAUUGUCUCAUGAAAACCUUCUAAUUAAUGAACUAAUUCGGGAGUAUCUGGAAUUCAACAAAUAUAAGUACACAGCAUCUGUCCUCAUAUCAGAAUCUGGUCAACCUGUAGUUCCAUUGGACAGACAGUUUCUCAUCCGUGAACUAAAUGCAUUUGAAGAAUCAAAGGAUAAUACAAUACCUCUUUUAUAUGGAAUUUUAGCUCAUUUCUUGCAUGGAACUAAGGAUGACCUCCAAAAUCCAUUUCUGAGACGGUCUUCACUUCAGCCUCCAAACCCAAAUCUUGGCGAACAACCUAGCAGAAGAAAGCAAAGGGAUGACCACCUAAGAACGGAGAAGGGGAAUAGUGCUAACAUUGAAGAGCCUCUUGUUUCUCAAGCGGUGAAGAGAUGACAUUUCCAUUUGGGGCAUCUUUAGUCUUAAAAUUGACAUAUUUAUUCUCUCAACAUAACCAACAUACAUCACUAAUAUUUGUCCUUUGUAGAAAUUUGAGUUUCUGCAAAACAUUUAGCCCCUCCUGUUUGGCUACAAUUGUGAAUAAAGGCUAACUCUGUCGUCUAGCUUCCUGGAUUUGAUUCGAAAGAAAAUACAUUGUUUUUAGAAAGUAUUUGAAAGGUUUUUAAAUUUGUGAGAACUGGAAGGAUUUUUUAGUACCCCGUUAUUCUUGAAAAAAAAAAGAAAAUUCAGGUCUUUAUAGCCAUAUGCUCUGCUCUUUAACAAGGCUACAGUAAUUAAAUUUCCUUCAGGCUGGAAUUAUGUGGAUUUGUAGAAAAAUUCAUUUACGUUUCUAAAAAACACUUAAAAGAACAUUAAAGCCAGAAAAAAUUCCUGUGAAGUUUGGUUUUUUGUUUAUGAUAGCGGUUUUUCAGAUAACCAUUUAUAAUUCAGUUUGAAUAUCUGAAUUUCUAUCUAAAUUUGAACUUUUAAACUAGGUAACAAGUGCUUUUUCUUUCCUUAGACCAUUUUGGCUUCUACUGGAAGAUUUAAUUAAAAGGUAGAGGGGGAAAUAAUUCUUUUAAUUUUGCUGUAAGUAAAACAAAGAGUUUAUUUUAUUAUAUAAAGAAUGUGGAAUAAGCAUGAAGAGACAGGCUUUAGGAGAAAUACCAGAAAGCACCUCUUAAAAGAUGGCAUUGUUUAACCUCCAUGUGGCCUUCAGUUGUGCAAUCACAAGGUGAGCUCUAAAAGAGCCAGUCCCUACUUUUCUGGACUCACUGUAUGUCAGUUUUUUAUUCUUGGGAUAGAAAAAUGGUAAGAGCUCUUCCUGUGCUAUCUCUAAAAUGCUAUUUUGAUAUUUACUAAGACAUUUUUAUAAGUGGAGUCUCCAGACAGAUGGCACUGACAGCCGCCAUGAUAAUAGCAUGUGAUCGGCAGAAGUCAGAAAGUGUAUUCGGCAAAACUGCCCAGGUGCCCACAUACCGACAGCAUUUAACUUGAAUGUUUUCCACAGGGCAAGUGAGAAGGGCUGUAGGUGGCAGAAUUGGCAUUCUCUUCAGAGUGUCGAUUCUGUUCUGUCUUUUGAAACUUUUGAGUGUAUAUUUGGUGUUGGUCAGUGUUCAGUCCUUACAGAUGAACGAAGAAUUUUUAUCUGAAUGCAGAAAAUUAUUAAAGAAAUCCCCUUAAGCCAUACUUUACAAGUGAGAGGAGUUUGAGAGGCCCUGUUGAUGAGCUAGGAUUACAGAAGAGGCGUAGAAGUACUAUAAGGGCUCAUUUCCAUUUUUCAAAUCAAAUCUGUAGUAUCUGAUAACAAUUACAAAUUCCACUGUAUUGUAUGUGGGAAUAUAAGUAUCUAUUCUUCUCAGAGGACUUGGUUUACAUCCAAGGAUGUUGGCAGUGGAUGCUAAGUUUACCUCAGAAAUUACAAUCAUGCAGGACUAGAUUAAGAAGAAAUGCUGGAGUUUAUAAUUUUGGUUACUGCUAAACAGAAUUGUCACGUGUAGUCCAUAGCGCGUUUGUAUGCAUUAUUCUAUAACUUCUUUGUACCUAGGCAACUUUUAUACUUUCAAUGUAUUACUUAAUAAAAAACAAUCAACUCGC